AUGUCUUCAGGAGCUCUGCUGAGCAGCGGCUGCUCGUCCCCCUGCCAGGUGACCUGCCCAGAGCCCUACGUGGACGCCUGCAACGAGCCCUGUGUCACCUCCUGCGGGGACUCCCGGGCCGUGGUCUACCCCCCUCCCGUGGUCAUCACCUUCCCAGGGCCCAUCCUGAGCUCCUGCCCCCAGGAGAGCCUGGUGGGCACCGUGCUGCCCCAGCCCAUCGGGGGCAACUUCGGGGGCUCCGGGGGCAACUUCGGGGGCUCCUACGGAGGA